UUGGGCCUGGUGACACUUUGCAGUACCGUGUCUGGAUAAGGCUGAGAAACCCUUUUGCCUCACUGCCCAGCUUCUACCUCCCAGCUCAGCAGGUGCCUUUGACUUUGCUGAUAGACUCAUGGCAGACGGCUUCUCGCAUGUACCAGUGCUGUGAUUCCUCUGUGCCCUCUCUCCCAGGUAAACUUCUGGACCUGAGAGAUGUCCUGCUACAACCAGUGCCAGCCCUGCCAGCCCUGCGGCCCGACUCCACUGGCCAACAGCUGCAAUGAGCCCUGCGUCAGGCAGUGCCAGAACUCCACCGUUGUCAUCCAGCCCUCCCCCGUGGUGGUGACCCUGCCCGGCCCCAUCCUCAGCUCCUUCCCGCAGAACACCGUUGUGGGCUCCUCCACCUCCGCUGCUGUUGGCAGCAUCCUCAGCUGUGACGGAGUCCCCAUCAACUCCGGGUGCUGUGACCUCUCCUGCAUCACCAGCCGCUACUGUGGCAGAAGGUGCCCCCCCUGCUAAAGCCCCUGGUGACAGCCCGGACAAGGACCACCCCAAAACCAGCAGCGGAUGCUGAACUGAGGACAGAGCUCCCGGCCAUUCAUUUCAGAGAGGCUGAACAUCCAGUGCUGCCCUUCCAAAGGAGGGCAGCGGAGGCCCUCUGAAAACAUGGCCAAAGUCUAAAUCCCCUGCCUUCCACUACCUCCGAUCUCUUUCUUGCCUUCUUUUGUUCUUCUGGGCCGUAAGAUCCCCAGACCCAACCUGGGGCAUCUGCUGACCCCGCUCUCUCUGCGGUGCAAGCAAAUGGAUGUCCUGCAGGAUCUCCACCAUGGGCAAUGGGCGCAGACUUUCAGCAGCUGCUAUUGCUCUCCCUGCACCGGCAGCCUCCUCUAGAAUUGAACUCCCUUCCCUCUUCAGAGUCAUUAAAGUUUUCCGCAUCACAGCCUCUGCCUCCAUGUAAUCCUUUUCUUGGUGGACAUUGUCUCGUGGUGCCAAGGACGAAAGGCAUUGCCUUUGGUUGUGGGGGGAGAAGGUGAGGACGCAAGGGAACUUUUCAUCAUUUGCAGAGGAAGGGGAGGGUGGGAGACAGGGCAAUGGGUCCCUUGCAGUCACUGCCUCUUGAAGCCGAGGAAGACAUACUCAGCUGCUCCACAGCCAGUGGAGAUCAGGCCCUGCAUUCUGGCAUCUCUGCUCAGGUAUGGCCCCUUGGCCUCAGAGCAGGUCCUGCAGAUGGGGAGCCCAACCACUGCUAUCCCCCAGUGAGGAGCCCCGUGGUGCUGGAGGCUCUGAGAGGUCAAC